UUCAGCCAGGGCACUGGCGUAGACGCGCACGGUGCUGGUCUGCCGCCGGCAUCUCGCCUGGAGCCCCCACUCCAGGGACAGACUCACCCUCUGCCCCUGUCUCCCUCCCUCCAUUCCAUCAGCACCAUGAGCCACCCAGGACUGCUCGCCGUCCUGCUCCUGGCCGUGCCGGCCAUCUCCCUUCCCGUGACAAACGACAUGAAUAAAGGCGACACUAAGGUGAUGAAGUGCAUCGUAGAGGUCAUCUCUGAUACUUUAUCGAAGCCAAACCCUCUGCCGAUCAGCGAGGAAUGCCUAGAAACACUCAGAGGAGAUGAACGUAUCAUUUCUAUCCUUCGCCACCAAAAUUUAUUGAAGGAACUUCAGGAAAUUGCAGCUCAAGGUGCCAAUGAGAGAACUCAGCAGCAGAAGAAAAACAGUGGCUUCGAAGAUGAACUUUCCGAAGUCCUUGAAAGUCAGAACGACAAGAACAAGCAGAGAGAUGCGGCAGGGGAGCGCCCUGAAGAGGAGCAGCCCACAGGGUCCCUGGCUGAGCAGAAAAGCCAGCAAAAUGAGGAUUCAAGAGAGGAAGGAAAAAACAGCCUGGAGGAGAGGGAGCCCAGGCCACGGGAUGCUGACCCUGGAGAGAAAGAGGAUCAGGAGGAAGGGGAGAGCAACGAGAUCGGGGGCGCAGAGGAUGCCCAGCGAGAUGAAGCUUUGGACAACCACAUCAGCAAAGACUUCGGUGAGGACGAGCGGCAGCAGCGAGGGGAUGAAGAGGAGCAGCCUAGAGGCUCCAGGGACAGCCUGGAGCUUGAGGAUGAGGGAGAGCAGCCAUCCAGGCAGGGCCAGGAGCAGAGCAAGGAGGCAGCAGGGGAGCGUGUGGAGCGGGAGGACGACGGAGGAGACGAUGCUGCAGAGGAGGACCCUACAGAAGAAGAGAGGUCACUUGAUUUGGCUGAGGAGGACGAGGAGGCUGAGGAGAUGCAGGGAGAUGACAAUAACGACGAUGCUCUGGGAUUUGGCAAAGACGGGCAGAGCUCUGAGGAGGAGGAAGAAGAGCAGCCCCGGGCUCUGAGAGGAGGAAGGCAUCACCUGGAGGACGAGGGGAUGCAGGGGGAGAAGGACACCUUCCAGACCAGGGAUGCCAAAAGUGAUGAGAUAGAGGAGGAGUCCUCCAGGGAGUGGGAAGACUCCAAGAGGUGGAACAAAAUGGAUGAGCUGGCCAAGCAGCUGACGUCGAAGAAGCGCAUGGAGGAAAAUGAUAGUGAGGAAGACCCAGACAGGUCCAUGAAAAUGGUGUUCAGGUCCCACAAGUAUGACUUCAGCAGUCCAGAGGAAGAUGUGAGAAGGUCGUGGAAGCACCACUCGAAGGAGGACAGCAGUGAAGGAGGCUUCCCGCUUGCUCCCAUGCCUGAAGAAAAGAAGGAUGAGGAAGGCAGCGCUAACAGGAGAACGGAGGACCAGGAGCUGGAGAGCCUGGCCGCCAUCGAGGCCGAGCUGGAGCGCGUGGCCCACAAGCUGCACGAGCUGAGGCGAGGCUGA